CCUAAAAAGUGCCUAAUAUUUCUAUACUGAAAUAAUAUCUGCAUCAUAAUUAUUAUGACUAUGAUGAUUUUUCAUUAGGCUAUUUUUAGUGCCCCCUCAGCACUUGGUGGCUUACGCACUCUCCUGAUACGUGUACCUCUUUCUAUCUUUGUAGAUCAUUCACUAGAAAUCUCAGAUAACAUACCACUCUGAGGAUUUGAACCAUGGCAUCCAAAGUGGCAGUUGUGCUCGUAAUGUUAUACCUGUCAGGAUUUACCUGUGGGAUCCGACUUGAUGGCAAUGGGUACACAGAUAUUCUAAUUGCUAUCAACCCUGCUGUGACUGAAGACCCUUUGCUCCUUGAACGAAUCAAGGAAAUGGUGUCUGACGCCUCCUCGUAUUUAUUUCAAGUGAUGAACAACAAAUUGUACUUCAAGGAUGUGACGAUAUUAGUACCCCCAAAGUGGACAGGAAAGUAUUCCAGCGCAAAUACUGAAACAUAUGAAAAGGCCAACAUCAUAAUAGAUGAGCCAAACAAAUUCAAUGGGAAUGAUCCUUACACUCUUCAGUAUGGGGAAUGUGCAACUGAGGGUCGCUAUAUCCGUCUGACUCCUGAUUUCCUGAAACGUGAUGAACUCAUUCAAUUCUAUGGACCCAGAGGUAGGGUCCUGGUACAUGAAUGGGCACAUCUAAGAUGGGGUGUUUAUGAUGAAUAUGAUGAGAGAAAACCCUUCUAUACAGACAAUGGAAAACUGGAGGCUACAAGAUGUACUAAAAAUAUGACAGGAGAGUGGCGAUCCAUCCCCAGUGGAGCCAUGUGCACACCGACCAAUAUCAACGGGAAGCCGAACGACUGUUACUUCAUCCCGCAUAAAUCUCAAACGGCCAAAACAUCCAUUAUGUAUCUUCAGAGUAUUGACUCAGUAGUCGAGUUCUGCAAUAAAAAAAAUCACAACACUAAGGCUCCAAACAUGCAGAACAGGAAGUGUGGUGGCCGAAGUGUAGAGGAAGUUAUAUUUUCUUCCAGCGUGGACUCACAAUAUAUCCCUUCCAGUUCUUUACCAUCACCCAGUCCAGAACCGACAUUCUCAGUGGUGCAAAGACAACAAAGAGUAGUUUGUCUCGUUCUAGAUGUUUCAGGAAGCAUGGGGGGUCAGAGAAUUGUAAGACAACGUCAAGCAGCCUCACUUUUCUUGAAGCAAAUUAUUGAAGACCAAUCCUAUGUUGGGAUUGUCACCUUUCACUCAACUGCCUCAGUCCUAAAACCAUUGACCUUGAUUGAUAAUUUGAAGAUCAGAGAGAAGCUGGCAGAUUCACUGCCCACCAACCCCAAUGGUGGCACAGAAAUAUGUCAAGGUCUUUAUAAAGGAUUAGAGUUCUUAACUGAUGGAGAGUCUAAUAGUCCAAUAAAUUGCGUAAACAAUGCCAUCGCAAGUGGUGCUACAGUACACACAAUUAGUUUUGGACCUAGUGGAGAUAAACUUAUGGAAGAGAUGUCUGAAAAAACAGGUGGUAAAUUCUUCUAUGCAGGAGAUACUUUGAAUUCCAAUGAGCUUGUGGAUGUCUUUGCCUCACUAACAACUUAUGAUGGAGAUCCAACACAACAGACAAUCCAGCUUGAAAGCCUUGGAUUUACUGUGAGUGGGUCUGGCUUGUUCAGUGGGACUGUGUCCGUUGACAAGACAAUUGGCAACUACACAGCUUUUCUGAUCCUCUAUGAACACAGUCCACCACCAACCAUCCUUGUAGAAAGCCCCUCUGGACAGAAAUAUAAUACAUUUAAACCUGAUCCUCAAGGGAAUUCUCUCACCCUGAAUAUUCCAGGAACAGCAGAGACAGGAAAAUGGACUUACACCAUUACCAACAACGGACAAGCACAGACUAUGUCAAUAACAGUGACCAGUCGUGCGGUCAGUGCAAACGUUCCGCCUGUUACAGUGAAGACUCACAUGAACCAACAGUCCAGUAACGGUGCCAAAGCCAUGGUGUUUUUUGCUGCAGUCAGCCAGAAUGGACUUCCUGUCAUACUGGCAGACGUGAGAGCUACUCUGGAGUCUGAUGCUGGAGACAAACAAGAGAUGGAUUUACUAGAUAAUGGAGCAGGUGCCGAUGCUUUCAGAAAUGAUGGCAUCUAUUCCAGAUACUUUACACGAAUGAAAGGUGGGAAAUACAACUUGAAAGUGAGAGUACAGAACGGAUAUGGAAAAGCUAGAUUCUCCCUCAAGAGACGCAGUGGUGCCAUGUACAUACCUGGAUAUGUGGUUGAUGGAAAGUUGGAGCUCAAUCCACCAAAGCCCUCUGUUGGGGAGGAGGACCUAGUGGCAGAUGUUGGCAUCUUCAGCAGGACAGCCAUAGGUGAGAGCUUCACUGUGAAUCUGCCACCUGGUGUUCCUGCGACGAAAUUCCCCCCCAACACCAUCACAGACCUGAACGCAGAGUUGGUGAAGGACAGAGUGCUGCUCACCUGGACUGCACCUGGGGAGGACUUGGACCAGGGCACAGCGAGUGAAUACGACAUCCGCUACAGUGAGGAUCCUGAUGUGCUCAGAUCCAACUUCAACAACGCUCAUCCAGUCAACUCAUCUAACCUGCUACCAAGUGAAUCUGGAUCCUCAGAACAGCUCUCCUUCGCUCCAACGAUGAGAAACGGCACCACUCUGUUCUUUGCAAUUAAAGCAGUUGACAAUGACAUGCUUUCCUCUGAAACCUCCAACCUUGCUCAAGUAACCAAGGUCAUUGGUUACAUUGAAAGUCCUGGCAAUGGUGUAAACAUGAUAGCAAUUUACAUAUCCAUCGCCAUGGUAGCCAUAGUGGGCGGUUUGAUUGUAGGUGUGACAAUGACUGCACGAAAACGAAAACGGACACUGCAAAUUAACCCUCCUGUUGUGUUCCGGUCAAAAAUAACCGGCCAUUCAAUUGAGUGGGUAAGACUAUACUAAUUUUUAGACUAAAGGUUCCAUGACUUUGUCUACACAGGGUAUCUAAAUAGACAAAACAUUUUUUACGGAAUUUCAUAAA